AAUCAGAAAAUUUGAUAGAUGAAGGAGAACUUUAUAUAAAAGAGAAAUUCAUUGAUGCUGAUAGUAUAAUUAAACAAACAUCACUAAAAUCUUUAUCAAUGCUUCAGAAUAAAUAUUAUAGCACAUUAAUAGAUGUACAAGAAAUACCGAAGCGUCUUAAAGGUACCAAUAGGACUGCAAUUACUUUACAUUGUUAA